GCAGCUCCCAGAGCAUGUGAACAAGAGAGAUAAGGAGAGAAUAAGUGGCUGGGAAGCAAGCAAGAAAGGCAGGAAGCGAGUAAUUGGCUGAGGGGGAGCCAGUGGGGAGGAGAGUUUAGAGAGUCUCAUACACAAAAGGAGCGAGGCAGAAACUCACCACCCUCAAACCUCCUGGGAACGGGGAGAUAAGAUACUGACUUCUGAUGUGAGUCUGGAGUUUGUUUGUCCUGUGGUGAGAUUUGGAUUUAUUUUCUGACUCGCUUGGGAAGAACCAUCCCUGUUCUGACAACCAUGGGUCUCACUGGUUCUUCUGAAAGUGAAAUUGAAUGCAAUGGAAACAUAAAUGACGUUGAUACCACUGGGGCGUCCAGUACAACUGCAAGACCAGAAGGUUUAAACUAUUCUGGAGUCCGUGCUUCAGAGGAGAUUGCUCGGAAGGACUUGGAUAGAAUGAAAGGAUAUAAACCCAUGAUUAUUAGUGCUGCCAGAAAACACAAUAUGGAUCCAGCUGUGAUUGCUGGUAUCAUCUCCCGAGAGUCACAUGCUGGACAUGUCCUAGAGAAUGGCUGGGGUGAUCAUGGAAAUGCAUUUGGUUUGAUGCAGGUUGAUAAACGCUACCAUACCCCAGUCGGAUCAUGGAAUAGCCAGGAACAUCUCGAUCAGGGGACAGGCAUCCUUGCUGAUAUGAUUAACACAAUUGAAGAUAAGUUCCCUGAAUGGACCACGGAACAACAGCUGAAAGGUGGGAUUUCUGCCUACAAUACAGGACCAGGAAACGUCCAUAAUUAUCCUGGAGUGGAUAAUGGCACAACUCACCAGGAUUAUGCCAAUGAUGUAGUUGCACGAGCCAAGUUUUAUAAGAGAAAUGGAUAUUGAAUAUGGGGAGUUCUCUUUUGCAUACACAAUAGCGCUUGCUUGCUUAAAUAAGCAGGGUUGUAAAAAGGGUGGGGCAAGUGGGGCAAUUUCCUCAGGUGCAUCAUAAUCAGGGAUGCAGAGACACAACAAGUAAAAAUAAUAAGCUGCAAAAAUAAAGAGAGACAUACGCUAACCCUUAGAGGUGGGGCAUAAUUAAUAUUUUGCCCCAGGUGCAAAAAUUCCUAGUUACACUUCUGCAAAUAAGAGUUUACAGACUCAGCCACCAAAUUUUUCCAGUCUUGGUGUUAUAUGGUAACUUCAGAACAAAUGUGGUCUUACCAAAAGGAAUGGAAAUAGGAUAGAACAUUAUUAAAACUCUUAUCUGAUUGAUUCUCUGAA